UAUAUAGUCCGAGCAGACUUCAGCCAGAGGCCUGCCUGCCGGGAUCUGGGGGCGGGGGAGAGGAGCGCCGGCCCCUGACUCACCCCAUCCGUCGGAGACUCAAAGCUGGCUUGGGGGGAGGUCAUGCCACUUUAGCUCUGCGGCCCGCUCCUGGAUGCAAAAAACCUGAGGCCUGGAUGGGAGCUCUCCUCACCCUCCCAGUUCCCGGAGGAGGGAGGUUGCCCGUGUCUCUCUAAAGUGAGAUCUGCCAGCCAGCAGCCCAGCCAAGCCUGACAAGGAGCAGGCACCAUGGAUUCCUUCAAGGUGGUGCUGGAGGGACCAGCCCCUUGGGGCUUUCGACUGCAGGGGGGCAAGGACUUCAAUGUGCCCCUCUCCAUCUCCCGGCUCACUCCUGGAGGCAAGGCUGCACAGGCUGGCGUGGCUGUGGGCGACUGGGUGCUCAGUAUUGAUGGUGAGAACGCUGGAGGCCUCACGCACAUCGAAGCCCAGAACAAGAUCCGAGCCUGUGGGGAACGCCUCAGCCUGGGUCUCAGCAGGGCCCAGCAGGCUCAGAGCAAACCACAGAAGGCCCUGACCCCUGCCGCGGACCCCCCGCGGUACACGUUUGCACCCAGCGCUUCCCUCAACAAGACGGCGCGGCCCUUCGGGGCGCCCCCGCCCGCUGACAACGCCCCGCAGCAGAAUGGGUGCAGACCCCUGACAAGUCAACAGCCGCUCCGACCGCUGGUCCCAGACGCCAGCAAGCAGCGGCUGAUGGAGGACACGGAGGACUGGCGGCCGCGGCCUGGAACGGGCCAGUCCCGUUCCUUCCGCAUCCUCGCCCACCUCACAGGCACCGAGUUCAUGCAAGACCCGGAUGAAGAGCACCUAAAGAAGUCAAGAUCUUGCAGCCAGGUGCCCAGGACAGAAGCCCCAGUCCCAGCCUCAGCUACACCCCAGGAACCCUGGCCUGGCCCUAUCACCCCCAGCCCCACCAGCCGCCCACCCUGGGCUGUGGACCCUGCGUUUGCUGAGCGCUAUGCCCCGGACAAGACGAGCACAGUGCUGACCCGGCACAGCCAGCCUGCCACACCCACGCCUCUGCAGAACCGCACCUCCAUUGUGCAGGCAGCUGCUGGAGGGGGCACGGGAGCGGGCGGUGGCAGCAAUGGCAAGACUCCUGUGUGCCACCAGUGCCACAAGGUCAUCCGGGGCCGCUACCUGGUGGCGCUGGGCCACGCGUACCACCCCGAGGAGUUUGUGUGCAGCCAGUGCGGGACAGUCCUGGAAGAGGGCGGCUUCUUCGAGGAGAAGGGGGCCAUCUUCUGUCCACCCUGCUAUGACAUGCGCUAUGCGCCUAGCUGUGCCAAGUGCAAGAAAAAGAUCACAGGCGAAAUCAUGCAUGCCCUGAAGAUGACCUGGCAUGUUCAUUGCUUCACGUGCGCCGCCUGCAAGACACCCAUUCGGAACAGGGCCUUCUACAUGGAAGAAGGGGCGCCCUACUGUGAGCGAGACUAUGAGAAGAUGUUUGGCACAAAAUGCCGAGGCUGUGACUUCAAGAUAGACGCUGGCGACCGCUUCCUGGAGGCCCUGGGCUUCAGCUGGCAUGACACAUGCUUCGUGUGCGCUGUAUGUCAGAUCAACCUGGAAGGAAAGACUUUCUACUCCAAGAAGGACAAGCCCCUUUGCAAGAGCCAUGCCUUCUCCCACGUGUGACCCUUCCAGCCCACUGCUGCCAUGCUCUGCCCAGCGGAGGGGCCACUGUUCCUGGAGUCAUCCCACCAGAUUUCUGGGUAGGGCUGACAAAGGUCACCCCAAUCCUAUCUCCUGGCCGAGCUUGGGGUUCCCCGGGCCCUGCCUCACUGUCGUUGUCUCCCCCACUAUCCCCCCCCAACCGCACAGAGUGCGGGCCCCCCAGCCCUGUUCACACCCAGAGCCACAAUAAACCUAUAUCCAGCUGUG